AUGUCAAAACGAGGCGCUGAUAAGCCCUUAGAUUACGACAAUUGGGAUGCACCAGAUGAACCUGUUAAGCCCGAUGUUUUUGAAAAAGCUGAUGAGGCUACUAUCAAGGCCCGGAAUAUCAUAAUUGCCAGAAGGAAGUCUGGUCAACCUGUUGCCCAAUCUAAACGUGGUCUUUUCAAAUCUCUCGAUGUUUUUGGGUCUCCUCGAGAUACGACCCCUCCCACCUCCUUCAUUACAUUUUCAAAGUCAAAACCUAAAAAUGAUGCUUACUUGUUGAAACUGGCAGUCCUUAAUAAAGAAGUAUCGGCGUGGAUUUCGAAGCAUGUUUCAGAGGAUCCUUAUUGCAUCUUGACCCCCAUUUUUGAUGAUUACGCUAAGCAUCUCGCUUCAAUAGAAUCGUCCACGGGUGAUGUGAUAUCCGAGAAACAGAUGACUCAGCCAGCUGCCGCCCCAGCUUCUACUUCUGCUACGGUAGAGGAAUGUACUACUCCGGAACCUACGGCAUCGUCGCUUCAACCCAUGUCGACAACUGGAACAACCGCUACCAAUGGAUUCGGUUUCAAGUUCCAGUCAACGUCAUCCACUGAGUCGGCUGUGCCAAAGCCGUUCCUUUUCCCCUUUGGAUUAGCAUCCUCAACUAGCUCAAAUAACCCUACUUCAAAUCCACAAACGUUCUCAUUCACUUCUGUACCAGCGAAGCAGGGAGAAGAUUCAAACUCCUCAGCUACUACCUCCCUAACUACGGUUGAUCAAGGCGAUGAAGAAGAGUAUGUUCCACCGAAACCUGAGGUGAGAGAAGUCAAGGAGGAGGGUUCUGUUUACACAGUCAGAUGCAAACUGUUUUACAAAAAGGUGGAUCAGUGGACUGAACGGGGCCUAGGAAAUCUUCAUAUUAUCCCCUCUGGUGACGAAAAAUUCCAACUUCUUGUUCGCGCUGACACCAACUUGGGAAAUAUCCUGCUGAAUAUAAUGGUGACAAGGGAUAUCCCAAUGCAGCUGCAGAAGAAUAACAUUACCUUCGCUUGUGUGCCCUCCCCACCGCUACCAGGAAAUGCCAAAACGAAGGAGGGAGAGGUGACAGCUUCACCUCCUCGUCCUGUUCCGAUGCUCAUUCGCGUGAAGAGUGCCGAGGCUGCUGAGAACUUGCUUGCCGAAAUUGAUAAGCACCGCAUGGCUGACGCGAAACCGCGCCCGCGCAGCGAGGAGGCGAUUCAGGAGGCAAAGACACAGAGGGCCAAUAAACUUGCCCAGUACUUCCGCAUCCUUCCGUGCCCCUUCACUCAGCGGGUAUUUUGCUACGCUGCAUGCCUCCUGAAGUGGUUCAAAGCCGAGCAACAGCGCAUUGAACUGUUGACCCAACUACUCGAGGCGCAAAAACAGCACCUUUCACCUCCGAUACCUCAUCUCAACGCUGGUGAAAGCGGCGGUGGUGAGGGUGAUGAAGAGGGAGAUGAGGAGGAAUGGGAAUGGGAGGUGGAGGAAGAGGAAGGGGAAGAAGCCUUACCAACGGCUCCCACCGAACGAGUGUCCACCUCUGUCAAAUCGGCGCGGAAAUCGAUGGGGGAGGUCGAAGUGAGAAGUGGACAUAAGGAGAUUGAUCUCUCUGCCUAUGAUGGAGAAGAAGAGAACGAAUUGGAAGCGGAGGAGGAGGAGAAGGAGGAAGAAGAAGAGAUUGAGGAGACUCGGAUGGUAGCUCCUUCGGAAGCCCUGACGCCGGCUGUGACAAAACCAUGCGUCUUUCGGAUUCCAUUUGCUGAUACUACGGAGAAACGACUAGCGUACAAUCUUGCAUUCUCUGCCAUGAAAUACUACAGUAUCCUAGACAAGAUAGUGGACGAGGUGGGUUUCUACGGGGAGUACCCAGACCUACGAGAGGAGGAGUACCUUGUGCUAGUGACGCUCUACGACUACACCGCACGCAGCUACCAGCGCCGUACGUCGACAGAUGCAGAGAUGGCAGUAACGAUAUCAGACGAGGUCGACAUGAAGUCCCCAAGGUAUGCCGGACGCACAAUCAUCUAUCCGCCCACCUUGGAAAGCUUUCAGACAGUGGAGCAGGCAGUGAUUAAUAUGUCAGUGCACUUCGCGGCUGCAGUGGCGCGGACACGAGUGAAGGAGCAGGUGGGCUCACUGCAUCUCCUCCUACCCGUAGAGUGGCGUGAGGCCGAGAGCAUGGCUGAAAACAUGCCCUUCUAUGGAUGGUACAAUCAACUCCUUGGAAAGUCCGAGGUUGUGCUGAACUGGUUGAAGGAAAACAACUUCACACGAGUUAAGGGUCGCCUGCCCAACGCGUUGGAGUUCGCCGAGGAUGAGCACUGUCCCGACGUUUUUGUCUUCAACACGGCGGACCGUGCGGCUAUUAUGGAGUCCCAGAUCGUACGUGAUCGAUUCCUGAUUAUUCAGGACAAGAGCAACCUCUUUGCACUCCAUUGUCUCCUGGCUUUCAUGGGACCGGGGGAGGAGGUAAUGCUGGUCAACCACCCCAACAGCCUCAACGGCAUCCACCUCGAGGGUCUGCUGAUGAACAAAUUUCCCACCGUCACUCCCGUCCCCACCGUUCGUAUUGUUCGACAGGCCAAGGAGAACGAGGAUCCUAAGCUGAUUCCCAAAUGCGGCUGCAGAACAACUAGGAUGAUCACAGAUGACUUCUUGACGCUGAAUCCCGGCGGCGAGACCUAUAGGGGCCUGCGUCACAUCGUGCUUGAGUCCAUGGACAUGAAAACUGGUGUCGUCAACCCCAUCUACUACAUUGAAUGUGAAAAUGAGGAUUUAUCAAUGUUCAAGGAUAUGUGGACACCCAACGAUAAUCCACAGAAGGUUACAAAGCGAGCGGAAUUGUUGUCGAAGAAUGCCGUCUACCUGAAGCACGCUUUGAAAUUCAACCAGGUGCGCACGGUGAUAUUUGUGAGCCACUCAGAGGACGCAGAUGAGACGGAGACGGCGGUGCAACGGUGUGUGGAGUACGCCAACUGCACGUUGCAGCGCGAGGUGGAGGCUAACGCUACAUCCUCCCGACCCGCCACCUCAACUCCCGGCUUCGUGUGUCGCCUGCCACCUGGUAUUCCCGCGCUCGCAGAGGCUGAGGCGGCCAUCUCUGCCGGUGAAGCAGCCCCUAACCUCAUUACUGCCUCGCAAUGCAUUCAUUUUGCGCCCUCCAACCUACACAACGGCUUCUUCAUCGCCUGUAUCAAGAAAGAGUUGUUGCUGAUUGCCCAACCAGAGGUUCCGAUAGAUGAAGAAGAGAACCCUGAGGGCACUGCCGUCAACUUAAAUCAAAGAAAAAGGGGGUGA